GGGUAGUGACGUCCCGUGGCAACGGAAGAAGCGGAAUGGUAACCAGGGACGCGGGAGGAGCGCACACUGACACCGAGACAGCUACAGCAUCCCUUGGGACAGAGACAGCCUGGGGAAUGGUGACAUCCCAGUAACAGAGAGAGAGAGAGAGGGGGACAAUGUGUGAUCUUAGGUCUGGGCAGUAAUCAUAUCUUAGAGGAAAAGACGGCUUAUGGAGUCAUGAGCUCUCAGUGACAGAGACAGUCUGGGAGGGAGGAAGAGAGAGAGAGAGACUGAGACUGAGGUAAGGGUGAUACUGAGCUCUCAGUGAUAGAGACAGUCUGGGAGGGAGAGAGAGAUAAGGGGGUGACUGAGCUCUCAGUGGUAGAGACAGUCUGGGAGGAAGGAAGGAAGAGAGAGACACACACACACUGAGGUACUAAGGGUGAUACUGAGCUCUCAGUGAUAGAGACAGUCUGGGAGGGAGAGGACAGAGAGAGAGAGAGAAGGGGGAGACUGAGCUCUCAAUGGUAGAGACAAGGGAGACACAUUGGACAGGGAUGCACAGAUAUAUGUAGCUAUGGUAAAUAGAGUGCUGUAAAGGGAUGGAGCAGCAUAUAUAGACAGUUAGAAGUAACAACAGUUCUAGGUGUCUGCACUUUGUUGCUAAUGUCGAGAAAUAACUAAAUCUACAGUAUAGGUAUAAGUAUCAGGGAGUGAGAGAGGAUCUACUACUAUCCACAUAAUAAUUACCAGUCGAAGGCCAGCAGGGGCAUCAGGUCACAAUGGCGGACACAGAUCCUGAAAUCAUGGCUUCUAUUAUGUUCUACAGUAAAGCGAAUUACUAUUGUCACAUGCAAAAUAUAGCAAGAAAAGGACUGCAAAAGUACUACAAUGAUCCAGUGCUAAUAUUUUUCAAGGCCUAUGGUAUCCUUAUGGAAGAUCGUGUGCAGGAAGCCAUUAGAGAGCUGGAGUCCAUCGAGGAUGUCCCAGAAGUCUCAUUAUGCGCAAUUAUGUUACUUAUAUAUGCACAGAAGAAAAGUGAAUUUAUUGAUCGUGACGCAAUUUCUGAUUUAGAAAGCAAACUAAAGGAAAAUCGGAGAUCAGCAGGGCCUAAAGCCUUAUACUAUGCAGGCUUGCUCUUGUGGGUGCUCGGAAGAAGUGACAAGGCUCAGGAGUACAUUGACAGGAUGUUGAAAAUGUCCAAUAAAUCAAGUGAGGGAUUGGUGCUGAAAGGAUGGCUGCAUUUAACUCCUGGGACCUCUGUUGCAAAAUGUGUUAAAUAUUUUGAUGAAGGAACGCAAGACAAUAAGAAUUUAUUUGGAGUCAUUGGAAAGGCUGAAUGUUUUUUCAUGCAGAAGAAUUUUUCUGGAGCCUUGGAUAUAAUUAAUCAAAUAAUUGUAAGUUUUCCUAAAUUUACAAUAGCACUUACUUUAAAGAUGAAGUAUGUGCUCGCACAGCAAGACUGGGAUCAAAGCAUUGAAAUAGCACAACGAAUCUUAUUGCUAGAAAGGAACAACAUUGAUGCAUUGCAGAUGCUAGUCAUUUACUGCCUCACAAGGGAAGGAAAUGUGCCUAAGGCACUUAACCAUGUGAAAGAAUUGAUCAGUUCUCUGGAGAAUUUGGAACCACGGAACCCAGUACUACAUUUCCAGAAACUCCUUGUAGUUUGUAAUUUGUGUGGAAGAAACCAAUCAAUUCUACAGGAGAUCUCUGGAUUCUGUGAGCGCACCUACAGAAUAUCCCCAGAGCAUGCAGAGCUUGCCACAGAACUGGGCAAUCAGCUCAUGCAUCAAGGCAAUGUGACACAGGCUGCCAGCUGGUAUUCAAAUGCCAUGAAGCUGGAUGGGAGUAACAUAGACGCGCUCAUAGGGAUUAUUUGGUGCCAGGUACUGCAAGACAACUGUGAUGAAGCAGAGCAGCAACUUGAUUUCCUCCGUGAAGUUCAGCAGUCACUUGGGAGAUCAAAGGAGUUAUGCUAUGUGGAGGCAAUCCUUGCUUCAAAGAAACUAAAGGAGGAGAUGAUAGUGAUCGAGCAUCUAAAACAAGCUAUGGACAUGCACUUUGCAGCAAUGAAUGGCCUGCCUCUCGGGGUGGAAUAUUUAGAAAAACUCAAUCCCACUUUUGUUGUUGACAUUGUGAAAGAGUAUUUGGCAUUUUGUCCGAAGCAGCCCACAUACGCAGGCCAAUCUGUUUCACCUCUCCUGGAAAAGGCUUCUGCCAUUUUAGCACCUGUAAUUACAGUAGCACCAUCUCUACCAGAACCUCUUUAUUUCAUGGCUCAAGUCUUAUAUUUAGCAGGGAAUCUGGAUGGAGCACAAGGCACCUUACAGCGAUGUAUAGAGAUGAACCCUGAGUGGGCGGAUGCCCACCUUCUCAUGGCGCAGAUACAUCUGUCACUAGCACAGUAUACUGAGUGCUUGCAGUCUCUGGAGACAGGAGUAAGCCACAAUUUUAAGCACGAAGCUACAAAGCUAAUACAAGACGCCAUCCAUACAUUCCGUGGUACUCCGGAAGAGAUUCGAAUCAUUGUGGCUAAUGCAGAUAUGUCUCUCAGUAAAGGCGAUACUGAAAUGGCACUGAGCAUGCUGAGAGAUGUGACGCCAAACCAGCCAUAUUACAUUGAGGUAAAGAAAAAGAUGGCUGACAUCUAUCUCAGAUAUCGAAAGGAUAAGAAGCUAUACAUUGCUUGUUAUAGAGAGUUAUGUGAACAGCUGCCGGGAGCUCACACAAGUCUUCUGUUGGGAGAUGCCUACUUGGACAUUCAAGAGCCAGAGAAGGCUCUGGAGGUGUAUGAUCAAGCGCAACGAAAGAAGCCCAGAGACGCGACACUGACAAGCAGGGUUGGGUUAUCGCUUGUGAAGACUCAUGAGUAUAAAAAGGCUAUAAAUUACUAUGAAGUUGCUCUGAAGAUGAGUAUGGAAGAAUUUCUGUGCUGUGAGCUUGCUGACCUGUUUCUUAAACUAAAAAAUUAUAGCAAAGCAGAAAAUCUUCUUAAACAAGCUCUAGAUCAUGAGCCUGCAUCUGACUUGCCUUUGAUGGUCGGUGAUGUUAAGUUUCUUAUGUUACUUGGUGAAACAUACAAACACUAUAAAAAAGAAGAAUUGGUUGGAACUUUAAACAAGGCUUUGGAUAUCCAGGCCAGAAUUCUAAAGAGAGUCCCUCUUGAACACCCAGAAAUGAUCACAACACAGAUGCAGGUGGCCACUAAGAUCUUUGUACAACUUGCUGAACAUUACAUGGAGGAAAAGGAUUACCCAAAUGCUCUAAAAUACUACACGGAAGCAAUGCCUUACUGUGAUACAGAUAACAAAUUGCAGGUAACGCUGAAGCUGUCACGUCUUUUCCUAGUAAUGGAUGACUUGGAUUCCUGUGAAACACAGUGUAAUAUCCUUAUAAAGGAUUUAAGACAUAAAGAUGAAGCUACAAUGAUGAUGGCAGACAUCAUGUUCCGGAAACAGGAAUAUGAGAAAGCUAUAGAACAUUAUCAUCAGGUUCUCAAAAAAACACCAGAUAAUUUUACAGCGCUGAGUAAAUUUAUUGACUUACUAAGGAGAAGUGGGAAACUGGCUGAAGCUACAGAGUUCUUCAAUGUGGCACUAGCAAAUUCUUCAAAGAAUACGCUGGAACCUGGAUAUAAUUACUGUAAAGGCCUUUAUAGCUGGCACAUAGGACAGCCUAAUGAGGCACUGAAGUACUUUAAUAAGGCUCGCAAAGACAGUGACUGGGGUCAAAGGGCAAUCACGAAUAUGAUCCAGAUCUGUCUAAACCCAGACAAUGAGAUUGUGGGUGGGGAGGUGUUUGACAGCCUGGAUGUGGAUGACCGUCUCUCAGAGGACAGGAGGGAUUCGGAGAAGGCGGGUGUUCGGACAGCUCAGAAAUUGCUGAAGGAGUUCCACCCCCGCUCCCCACAGGGACAGAACCAGCUGACAGUGUUACAGAACUACUGCCUGAUGGCUACCAGAGACAAAGCCAACGUGGAAACUGCCCUCAGUACAUUCACUGAAAUGGCUAACACUGAGAAAGAGAAUGUCUCGGCUCUCCUGGCAGUCUCCCAAGCUUUCAUGAUUCUCAAGCAAACGCCUCGAGCAAGGAACCAGCUGAAGCGGCUGUCCAAAGCUCACUGGACCCUGGAAGACGCUGAUGAUCUGGAGAAGAGCUGGCUGCUGCUCGCCGAUGUGUAUAUUAAAUCAGGAAAAUAUGACAUUGCAACAGACCUGCUGAAGCGCUGCCUUAAAUACAAUAAGUCUUGUUGUAAAGCUUAUGAAUAUCUCGGCUUCAUUAUGGAGAAGGAGCAGUCAUAUAAAGAUGCUGCAGAGAACUACAAGCUUGCUUGGAACUACAGCAGUCAGUCCAGUUCGGCUGUAGGCUUCAGGCUGGCAUUUAAUUAUCUAAAAGGCAAGAAGUUUCUGGAUGCCAUUGAGGUUUGUCAUAAGGUCCUUAAAGAUCAUCCCACAUAUCCCAAAAUUAGAAAAGAGAUUUUGGAAAGGGCUCAAACCUGUCUCAAGCCAUAGCUCUUCCUUCCACCAACUGUCCUUUUACCAGUGCUGUUUGUAUCGGUAAUGUUGCCAAAAUACUUACAGAUGUAUGUCAUUUAAAAAAAAGUUUUUUUACUAAUAAAGAUUGUUCUUUUUGUUA